CCCGUUACGUCGCGCUGGCGUCUCGGCGUUUUUCCGCCGCCAGCCAUGUACAACAUAAGGGGCCAGAUGAAACGAGUAACGUUGUUGUUGGUGUCAGCCAGACGAUACUUUCCACUCUGCCUGACCGCUUGACGUCAGAACUUGGCCCCGCCGACGUGAAUUGCGCCCCUGUUUCUUUUUUCCCCCUCAAAAGUUGUUUUUUUUCCACCGUUGGACGACGAAUCGUUGAUUCGUCUGUUUUCAAUCGAGUGCCAGAAGAGUGUAAGAAUAGAUACCAACCGUUCGUCGAGUGAUUAAGUGGGACGCGAGCCACGACGACGUUUUCUCUCGAAAAGAAAAAAAAAAAAGACGUUCCCGAGGCCACACAGACGUGUGUGUGUUGCAGAGAAUCGUGAAGUACGGCGGGACUGCCUCAGGUAUUUUCGGGUCCCGCGCGUACUAUAGUGAGUGUUAACCUUGGAGUACCCAUUACGCCCGUCAGAGCCAGAGGGCGUGAGUUUUUGAGAGUGUCUCUCUCUUUUUUCUGUGCCUACUACAUUGAGUGGCUGUUGUGUGAGUUGUUUUGUGUCUCUUUCACCUUGAAAGCGUGAAAAGGAGAACAGAAUUUACCUUGGGAUCGCAGCAGCCUUCAGAAGUUUGAGAGAAGUUUAGUGAUCUGUGUGCACCACCACAACAUCCCUGGGAAAAGGUCCUGGAUGGAGACCGAAACUCUGGCACCACUUUUCUGGCGGAGAUGAGUGAGGGAGCCAGCAACAAUCUGGGUGGUUGUGAUCAAGUUGUGGAGGGAUGGCGGGCCCCAGCCCUGGCUCGCUAGUCAGCUCUGGCCAGAAUGGCUCGCUGCACAAUGUCCUCUUCUACCUGCCUCAAAACGGCAAUGGCAAUCAAUUUGCCAAUGAGGCCUGUCACAACCAGCACGGUGGCACCCUCAACCACCUCUCCUACAUGCAGACAUCUCACAACAGGUACAGGCCUGAUCCCGGUCUGAACAAGGUGCACUGCUUUCCGUCAGACAAUCCCUACUCCUGUGAUAGGGACACAAAUGGUUCCUACUGGUCGUACCAGCAGCAGCAGUGGAAUCAGUGGAACCAGAAUGACUACAAUCAUUCGGAAAGUUUGGGUUUCAAAUCCUGCUGGAUGCAGCAGCAGCAACAACAACAACAGCAACAGCAGCAGCCCGUGCAGCAGAGGCAAACAAUGCAAAAUAACAAUCCCAGCUGCAUGGCUUUCAAUCCUCAGUACAACCACAUGCAUCAACAACAACAACUGCAGCAGCAACAACAGCAGCAGCAGAUGCAGCCACAACAAAUGCAGCAGCAACAUUUGCUGCAGCAGACGGCGUACCGGAAUAACGUCGUGGCGACUGUCACCGUCCAGUCAAGUGCUGGUUCAUCACAAUCGUCACUUUCCCGGACGCCGUCACGUUGUGAUUCGGUCCGGUCAGAGUCGACAUGUGAGUCUCAUUGUAGCAGCAGUUUGAGUGGUGGAAGUAGCGCCGGAAUCGACGACAUGACUGGCCAACAGCAGUACGGAAUGUAUCAGAACUUUUCGUCUCCGGUCGAGCCACAACAACAGCUCCAGCAGCAGCAGCAGCAAUUGUAUUCGCAACCACAUCUCCAUCAGCACCAGGAACACGUCCAACAGCAGUUGCAGCAGCAGCAACAACAACAACAGUGUUUCUGGCCGUCUAGUCAUUACGAUGUGCAACAACAAGAGCAACAGCAAAUGGAUUACUUUCGUCAACAACAGCAAAUGCAACAACAACAACAGCAGCAGCAGCAUUACUAUCGCCAGCACCAAGUGAUUCAACAGCAACAACAAUUGCAACAACAGCAGCAAGUGAAUUGUUAUUGGCCUCGUGAAUCAUCGCCAGCCAUUCAUCAACAGCAGCAACAACAACACAGACAGUUCACCUGUGUCAAUCCGGUGGCGGAUCACCACCCGAUUGUCAUCGAAACCCCUGCAUGUUCCUCGAGUCCGAUCGUGGCGGACACAACAACAUCCAUGAUAUCAUCCUCUCCGCUUCCAGUGACGUCAUCAUCCUCAUCACCACCUGUGACGUCCAAUUAUAAUCAUCCGACUACUCCGGAUGAAUCGAUGGAAUGUUCAACUCCUCUGGCCGACGCUCCCGUCGCCAACGACGAUCCACCUGCUACGACAACAGCCGAAACAACAACGUCAACCGAGGCGGACGAGAGUAUGGAAUCAUCUUCUUCCGAGAUUCCCACGCCAACAACAACAGCAGCAGCACAACCAACAGCAGCAGCUGAUGAUGAUGCCAAUUCAAAUGCUAAUGUGAAUUCAUCAUCGAUAACCAUAGUGAACAUUACAACAACGACCAGCGUACCCACCGGUUGGACCCGUGAAAUAUCCGCCGGAAAUGUAAUCUACAUCAGUCCGAGUGGCUGCCGAUUGUCGUCGCUGGAGGACGCGGCCAACUACGUCCAGCGCGACGGAACCUGCAAGUGCGGACUGCCUUGUCCGCUCCGACUUCAGCACGUCUUUAAUUUCGAUCCGUCGGUGGCGUGCAAAGCCGAGACGUCACUGGACGCCCAGUCAUCGACCUGCUGCCACAAACAGUCGCGAGAUGUCAGCACGGACAAGGCGGCCCAGGCGACCACAGCGGCGGCAGCGGCGACGGUGACGACGGACAAGGCGGCGAAAUCAUCGGCCGUCAAACGAAAAAAGAGCGGAAAUGCAAUGAAUAACAAGUCGGGCAAGACCACCAAGACUCUUCCGGUUAUCCAGCCACAACAACAACAACAGCCACCCGCUCAGCAGUCUCAACAACAACAACAACCUUUGCUCUUUCGACGUUCUCCGUGUCCCAAUGUGGACGUCAGGCAAAUUCCGUUGGAGCAGAAUCGGCCGCCGGCCGGCAGCCUCUUGCCGCAGGCUCGUUCCACUCAGCCGUCAACAACAACUGGGAACGGACCGACGUUUUUCGAUGAUCCCAACGCCUAUUUGGCCCAGCAAACGGUCCUGUUGCAAAGUAGUUUGCAGAAUGGCGGAAACAAUUCGGUCCCUACGCCGCCACCUCCGUCGGAACCGCUUCCGGCCGCACCUGCACCACCGCCAGCUUCAACGACGACGACGACAGAAACGGCCGAAGCGGAGCAGACGCAAGAAGAAUUGCUGGGCGAUUUACUCGACUGCAUCCCCGACUCGAUGGAGGAAGUUCUCGACAGACAAAAGGACGUGGCGGCCGCUGCGGAAGCUGCCGCUCAAGCCGAAAAGGCGGCCAAUCUCAUCAAACAAGCGGCUGCCGCUGCAGCCGCAGCCACGGCCCGUCAGCAACAGCAGGCUGUCCAGCAACAACAACAGCAGCAACAACAACAGCAGCAGCAGCCGCCCAGCAAGACGCAAAAAUCACCUUCUGUGCCCGUUUCUUUGGCUCCAGCUCCGGCGGCAGUCCGAAGUAAACCUCCGCCAUUGGCCAUCCGACCGGCCACGCCCGCUUCGGCUGCCCGGUCACGAGCCAGAGCCGCCGAAGCGUCGUCCAAGAGCACCAAGUCAAGAUCACCCCGGAGGACUCACCACCAGCCCAUCCAGAUUCAGAGCAACGCCAAAGUCCUCCAGCCGGCCCAGAUGCCUCAACAACAGCAACAACAGCAAUUGCAGCAACAACAUCAGCAGCAGUUUAUCCACCAACAGCAGCAGCAUCAAUUCUGGCCGGCCCUGUCGACGCCAAACAUCGGACCUUUGCGGACGGCCUCAUUUCCUUUCGUUUCUUAUCAUUCGGCCGUCGCUCCGGCGCCGGCCACAGCCACCCCGAUCUUCUCGACGGCGGCCCUGAGGCCGGGCAACCUCCCCAUGACUUUCCUGACGUCUGCAGCCGCCCAUCCGGGCAAUCAAGCCCAUGCGACCAACGUUUUCAAUCAGGGAUUGCCGGUGCUGACGACCCGACAGGCCCUGGGGCCGUCCGGUCAAGUGGUCCACGUCCUGACGACUCCCGGCCCCAUGUUGGCCGCCGCUCCGAUGGCUGCCGAACCUUCCAACGCUGUUCCUAUCCUGACUGUCGGCCCGAUGAACACCGGACCUCAUCCGAACAACCUGGGCAACAACAUUAACAGCCGGGGACUGACGCGGACGGGCAAGAAGAGGAAAUCAACUCCUCAAACUGUGGCGUCCAUUUUGCAGCAAGGCGCCCAGCUGGCGGCCAUGACUCAGCAUCAGCAACAACAUCAACAACUGCACCAACCUCAGCAGCAGCAACAACAUCACCACCAGGCGACGACUCUGACGCUGUCGCAGGAGCCGCUGGUCUACAACGUUCAGAAUUUCCAGCAGAUCCAGCCGCAGCAGACGAUUCAAACGUUGGCGCUGAUGCCGGACGGUAAGACUUAUGUUGUUGUCAAUUCACAGCCGGCCCCGGCUCCCCAGCCGACGCAUCAGCAGAAUACUGGCGGCCAUUGGUUGUUGAGUCCUCGCCCUGCCAACAUCGCCCCGGCCGGACAGCCCGUCAACGUCUUUUGCACGACCCAGACGGGCCCUGGAGGUGGAACGACGUUCGUUUUGAACGGGGCCAGCGCUCCGACCCACCAGGUCCUUCAACUCCAGGACGGAACGUUAGUCCAGACGACGACGGAUCAGUCGAAUUUGCUGGCCAAUUACGGCGGAUUGUUCAUCCGCUGUCCGACCACGCCUACCGGUGCCCAGAUCUUCAGUACCACCAGUCCAGCGGCCAACGUUCGAACGCUUCCCCUGCCGAUUCCCAUCGCCCCCGGCCGCUCUCCUGGCCGUUCUCCGGACUCCAGCAGCAUCCUGGCGGAUGGAGCCAUGGUGACUUCUUCGUCGACCACCAACACGGGAUCGCUGGUGGCUUGCGGCGAAGCCACUCCGCCUUCGCAAGCGUCAUCCGUUUCUUCCGCUUCCCUGGCCGUCCGGACGGCUCAUCCAUCGCCCGUCGUCCAAAGCAGUCAAAUAGAUAGUUGCGUCCAGGAAGUCGAAACGGAACAGCAACAGCAGAUCCUUCAAGCCAACGCCGAAUCUGUCAAGAAGUCGGCCGAAUUCAACAACAACAACAACAACAACACUACAGCCACAACGUUGACUACGACCACUGUCCAGCACUGGCUGAAACCUGAAAUCAUCACCAAUGCAUCACAAAUCGUUGCCGGUUGAAAUUUUGACACAAAAACGAAAAUCAGGUUUUUAAAUUUUUUUCUUUCAAUUAUUCAUCACAUCGCGAGAAACUUUGAACGGGAAGUUUCAGAUUUUCACGACAUUUUGACAUAAUAAGGAGAGAAGUGGGUUUUUUUAAGGGUUGUGCUUUUUAUUUUUGACAUUUGCUUGCUUUUUAUAUAUAUAGUAUAAAUAUUGAAUUUCCCCUGUCGUUAGUUUUUUGUUCCUGGUGGUGUGUCGUUACGAAAUGGAACUUUUUUUAAAAUUCUUUCAUUCGAAAAUAUUCAAAUUUUCAUCGAAAAAUCAUCUCUCUGGUGACGAAACAUUGGGAGGGAGGGAAAUUUAGGAAUUGGUAAACUCAUUAAAGACACACCAUCAAAUAUUAUACAUACAUCACAUACAGUAAUAUUAUAUACAUAUUAUAAAUUAUGUACAUAUUGCAGGAAAAAAAACAAAACAAUAUUUUCUCUUCUUCUUUUCUCUGUCUCUAUUUUCAUUCUCUUCCCGGUGCGCUGAUGGGUUAAAUCUCAGAAUUAGAAAAUCACAAUUUCUACAAAAUGAAUAACAAAACUAUUUCGUAUAUGAAAAUAUAUACCAGUACCUUAUACAUAUAUAUAAAAAGAAAAACACGUUUGUUUUUAGCUUGUUAUAUUUCUCGAGCCAAUCAUCAGCUUCUGAUUAGUACUCUUUCUCUCUCUCUAUUCUUCUCUUCCUCCUCCCAGUUGCAUUUAAAAAAUUACUAGUUAAUAUUAAUAUUUAGUUUUGUAUAUUCAUUAUUACAUCACACGUAUAGAACUAUACAGUACACCGCUGUUUGUUGUUGAAUCAAUAUUUCUUUUCUUGGUUAAUAUCUCGGGGACGCGCUCCUUUUUUUU